ACACAACAUUAAACUAUGGCUUCAAAUCAGGACGUGUUCAUAGUAGCGGUCGCGCGGACACCGUUAGGCUCGUUCCGGGGCUCUCUGUCUGGGCUGACGGCCCCGCAGUUGGGUUCGGUGGCCAUCAAAGGUGCCAUCGAGAGGGCCGGCAUCGCCGCCAAAGACGUGGAUGAGGUCUUCUACGGCAACGUACUGACCGCCGGCUUGGGUCAGGCGCCGGCCAGACAGGCGGCGCUGGGGGCCGGCCUCCCGGUGAGCGUCCCGUGCACUACAGUCAACAAAGUGUGCGCCUCCGGCAUGAAAGCCAUCGCAUUCGCCGCUCAGGCCAUACGCCUGGGCGACGCCGAUGUGGUGGUCGCGGGAGGCAUGGAAUCCAUGUCCAACACACCGUACUAUCAGUCCCGGGGCGACACCCCAUACGGCGGCAUCACUCUGGCUGACGGCAUUGUGGUCGACGGCCUCACCGACGCCUACAGCCAAACGCAUAUGGGUUUGUGUACGGAAGCGUUGGCCGCCAAGUAUGGCAUCACUCGCGCGGCUCAGGACGAGUUCGCCGCCACCAGCUAUAAGCGCAGCGCCCGGGCGGCCACCGCCGGCGCUUUCAAGGCCGAGAUAGUGCCGGUGACUAUUGCCGGCAAACGCGGCAAACCCGACGUCACCGUCACCGACGACGAAGAGUAUAAGAAAGUUAAUUUUGAGCGCAUGUCGUCGUUGGCCGCCGUGUUCAAGAAGGACGGCACCGGCACUAUCACCGCCGCCAACGCCAGUACCCUCAACGACGGCGCCGCAGCCGCUGUACUCAUGUCCGCCGCGGCGGUGAAGAAGUUUGGCGUUAAACCGUUGGCCAAAGUGGUCGCGUACGCCGACGCCGGCGUAGAGCCCGCCGACUUUGGUAUAGCGCCCGCGUAUGCCGUCCCUAAGGUGUUGGCGAAGGCAGGUCUGGACAAGUCUCAGAUCGCGCACUGGGAGUUCAACGAAGCGUUCAGCGCCGUUGGUUUAGCCAACGUUAAGCACCUGGAGUUGGACCCCGAAAAGGUGAACCCGAACGGCGGCGCCGUAGCCCUCGGCCACCCCUUAGGCUGUUCCGGCGCUCGUAUUGUCAACGUUUUGGCGCUACACCUGAAGCCCAAUGAGUACGGAAUGGCAGCCAUUUGUAACGGCGGUGGCGGCGCGUCCGCGAUGUUGGUCCAGAAGUUAUAAUAAGUGCCAUAAGAUAUACGCCAUCGACAGACAGUCGAGGAAUAUAUGUCUUAAAUUAAUUAAUUAACUUUUUUUGUGAACAAAAUUUAUAGGUUUUUCUAAUUGUGUUAACUUUUUUCAUAAAAAUGGGAAUCUCUUUUGUAUUGACAGAUAUAUUAUGCCAA